AUGGCUUUAGUAUUUAUGUCUACUGGUUGCACUUCUUCGAGAGGGAAUCUUCCGAUCAGAGUGUUUGAACAUUGUUUUUCAGCUCUAUCAAGCACACUGCUUCUUGGUUUCACUACCAAACCUCCCUUGCAAACAAAAUCGGUUUUUGGGGUUAGGGCAAAGGAUCCCCCAAACAGGAAGACAAGGUAUGUUGUUGUAAGAUCAUACCAUGAAAGAGUUGUGGAUCAUUAUAAUAACCCAAGGAAUGUUGGAUCCUUUGAUAAAAGUGAUCCUAAUGUUGGUACUGCAUUAGUCGGUGCUCCUGCAUGUGGUGAUGUUGUCAAGUUACAAAUCAGAGUCGAUGAAAAAACUGGUGAAAUUAUUGAUGCUUGUUUCAAGACUUUUGGUUGUGGUUCUGCUAUUGCUGCUUCUUCUGUAGUUACUGAAUGGAUCAAGGGAAAGAAGCUUGUGGAAGUCUUAACCAUCAAAAACAGUGAAAUAGCGAAGCAUCUUUCGCUCCCUCCGGUGAAGCUACACUGCAGCAUGCUUGCAGAGGAUGCAAUCAAGGCAGCCGUGAAGGAUUAUGAAGCAAAGCGAGUCGAGGCUGGAACUAGUGUCAAUGCUUAACGAGGAUUACGCUGCUCAUGCUUGAUAAUCUGUACAAUCACGUAGUCUGUGUUGGUCUCAAUGAACUUGUACUUAUUCAAAUGGAUUAAGAUAAGUAACAAGCUUUUGUUAGUAUUUUUAACGAUAACUCAAUGGAUAUCACAGGCUUUCCUUU